UUACUGAACCACGGAAUCUCCCACGAGCUAAUGAACCGGGUGGAGGCGGUAAACAAAGAGCAUUACCGGCGGUUCCGAGAACAGCGAUUCAAAGAAUUCGCGUCCAAAACCCUAGAUUCGGUGGAGAAGGUCGACCCGGAUAAUCUGGAUUGGGAGAGCACCUUCUUCCUCCGCCAUCUCCCCACCUCCAACAUCUCCCAAAUCCCCGAUCUGGAUGACGAUUGCCGGGCAACCAUGAAGGAAUUCGCGCGGGAGCUGGAGAAGCUCGCGGAGAGACUGCUGGAUCUGUUGUGCGAAGAUUUGGGGCUGGAGAAAGGGUAUUUGAAGAGGGUUUUUUGCGGGGGAUCGGAUGGGUUGCCGACGUUCGGGACGAAGGUGAGUAAUUAUCCGCCAUGUCCGAAGCCAGAUUUGAUAAAGGGAUUGAGAGCUCAUACGGAUGCGGGAGGGAUUAUACUGUUGUUUCAGGAUGAUAAGGUUAGCGGGCUUCAGUUGCUCAAGGAUGGGGAAUGGAUUGAUGUUCCUCCGCUGCGCUAUUCCAUUGUUGUCAAUAUUGGAGAUCAGCUGGAGGUGAUAACGAAUGGAAAAUACAAGAGUGUGUUGCAUAGGGUGGUGGCCCAAACCGAUGGAAACCGCAUGUCGAUCGCAUCGUUCUACAACCCUGGCAGCGACGCCGUGAUCUUUCCGGCGCCGGCGCUGGUGGAGAAAGAGGCGGAGGAGGAGGAGAAGAAAGAAAUUUAUCCAAAGUUUGUGUUCCAGGAUUACAUGAAUCUAUACAUUCGCAAGAAAUUUGAGGCGAAGGAGCCAAGAUUUGAGGCGAUGAAGAGUAUGGAGAUUGUUAUGAGCUCUCAGCCUAUACCCACUGCUUGAUUGAUUCAUUGGCUAUUGUUUGUGAAGAAUUUAGGGGAUAGGGUUUAAUUUAUGUGUUGGUGGUUUGUUUGAGUCUAGUGGUUUGAUGUGAAGACUUAUGUGAAUUGUUUGGGGUCUUAUAAUUUAUAUAUUUAUAUGUGUAGUUGUUCUGUAUGGAUAGUUGGCUAUUAAAUUUGUUCCUUGGGGUUUGGGUGUAAUGAAGUGUGAGUUAAUCUAGUCUUUCUUGUUCAUCC